GAUAUCUCUUCCAUGUUCAUCCAUGGCGUAGUUAAAUGUGAAAUCACUUGCGGAGGUUCAGUCUUCUGCCUGAAGGAAAGCUAGCCAGCAACCCUGAAGCUAGGUGCACCUGACCUAACACACGCCCUUAAUGGACCCUCUUCGCGGUUCCCAUUGGAAGGUACCAACUAUUCUUAAAGAGGGGUGACAGAGAUAUUGUAUAAGUUGCAAAUAUUAGGAAUAUUAAUAACUGAUGCGGUCAUAGGUAACAUUUCAAACAUCUGUUUCUCGAUGCACAUCAUUCCACAAGUUAUUCCCAGGCAUUAUUAUAACGUGUAUAUAUAUAUAUAGGAACAUGACUCACUGGCCUCCCCUAUACAGCUAGAGAAUGUGAUAAACCCACUUCAUUAGUUAUUUUCCCCAACACAUGGCCUGCUGCAGAAACGUUUUAAUAACUUUAACUUUUGGAAGAUUUCACGAUGCUUUGGCGGUGCGUAUCGACUGCACAGUCACAGCCCUGACUUCAGGUUGCUCUGUGGCAUUGAUGGAUGCACUGAGGAAUAUAGAGUGUACAACUCAUUCUACCAUCAUGUAAAGAGAAAACACGUUCAACAUCUUCUUGAAGACACCAGACCUGGCGACGCCACACGUGGAGAUGGAAACCGACAGGAGGAAACCCAAGCACCGCAGCAAAAAGACAACAUUCAACCCGAUCAGCUUCCAGCCGACUCCAGCAGCAAGGAUCAGAACCUUCACACACCUGACUCAGUUGAAGAGCAAAUGGGCAUCGACCAAGAUGGAGCUGUCACAGUGCACCAAGUUCGGGCCCCGGCAGAUCCGCGUGGAGUCGGCCAUGCUGCGCAGCUUCAACAGUGGAACCAGAGUGGCUCCGUACGACUCGCUGAUGGUGGCCGACAUCGGAGACGUGAACGUGAACCUGUACGACCUGAAGGACACGUGCACGCGCAUCAGAGAGUUCUACAGGAGGGUCCUGUCUGCAGGGUGCAUCCCCCUCACCAUGGGUGGAGACCACACCAUUGCAUACCCCAUCCUGCAGGCGGUGGCUGAGAAGCACAGCCCGGUGGGUCUGGUCCACGUUGACGCUCACGCUGACACCAGUGAUGUGGUUCUGGGGGAGCGGAUCGGACACGGGACCCCCUUCAGACGCUGUGUGGAGGAGGGGCUGCUGGACUGCAGCCGGGUGGUGCAGAUCGGCCUGCGGGGGUCCGGUUACUCCGCCGACUCCUACGCCUGGAGCCGUGCUCAGGUGGAGGAGUGCUGGUUCAAGUCUCUGGCUCCCCUGAUGGAGGAGGUCAGGGGUCAGAUGGGAGGGGGUCCGGUGUACCUGAGUUUUGAUAUCGAUGCUCUGGACCCCGGCUUCGCUCCGGGCACCGGGACCCCCGAGAUCGCCGGGCUCACCCCCAUACAGGUAGACUACUGUAACUACUGCUUACUGCUAUAUUACAUCGGUUCUUAUUUGACACUUCUAUAUAUACUACCACUUCUACUGGAUUUAUAGUGGGGGGAAGAAAGGGAGAAUUAUGAGAGUUUUAGAACGAAGUCGGAAUUUAGAGAUUUUCCGAAAAAAAAAGUGAGAAUUUCAGAAAAAGUGAAAAUUCAGUGAUUUUCGGGAAAAGUCUUUAUUUUGAGAUUUUUUGUAAAAAGUGAUAAUUGUGAUUUUCAGAAAGAGCAUGUUUCUCCUGUUGCUCUGCGUCCUCCCCAACGUCAAAUACCUCUGAUUCUAAUCAAUAACAUCAAGUCUUCUUUAAAGAUAUAAAGAGGGUAACUCUGCAUCAAUUACAGAUGUUUCAUAAAUAAACAGUAAGUAUUGUUUACAGCCAAUGAGAGGAUAGAUGCUCGACUGAAGAUGAUUCUAGUCUCAUAGUCUUUGAGAUGAAUUAUAAUAUCAUUCUGUGCUUUAUGAAUGAAAUAUAAAGAUGUAAUUCAAAUGUAAAAAGUAUCUAAUGAAUGUGCAAUAUUUAAAUAAAACACUAUAUCAAUGGAGUUACAGUUUAAUAAAUACUAAUAAUACACUGAGUUUCAUGUGUGGGUCACUGCCCUCAUCCUUUGACUUCUGUUUCAUCAUUUCCAUUGACUGGGCUCUGGUUUCAGACGGAGGGUGAAAAGAGGAGCUGCAGCUCAGGCAGUAUGAGAAACAUAACGUGCUGUUACGUCGAGACAACAACCAAUAACAUCGAGAGAGUCACCGUGAAGGUGUUUUUAUUUACACCAAAACAAUAACGCCAACAACUGACAACUUAAAGGUGGGGUAGGUAAGUUUGAGAA